ACAUAACCAAAUUGUUUUCUAUGACUACGGUAGAUAAUCGGUAGCUUUAAUAGGGAUUAAAAAAGAAGAAUGGGAAAAUGGGACCUCCAAUAUCAGAAAUUUAGGGAUAUUUUGAAAAAAAGACCGCAAUGUGGCAAGAUGUAAGCAUUGUUUCAAAGAAAUUAAAUAUUGUGGGAAUACAUCUAACUUACAUAAACAUGUGAAAAACCACAACAUUACAUUGCCAGCCAAGAAAAAUACAAUUUCAAGAAGGGCACAAAAAGAAAUAGAAGAGGGGGAAAAGGAGAAUUCAUGUAUUUCAAAAAAAUCUCAAGCUGGAAUAAGACACCUUCAACCGUCUACACCUUCAAUGGAAUCUUAUGCGGUACCUUCAACAUUUUCAAUGGAGCCUGGAAAAAAAACUGAAGAGACACCUGGACUGAAACAGACUCAAGUGAUCAAACAGUACCAAUACACAUCGACAUCGCAUAGUGAAAUUGAGGAACACCACACGUUAAGAGCAGCUUUUGAAAAAAUUUCGUCGCAUAAAGAGGGCGGCUUGAGAUAUGAAAAAAUCACAAUGAGCUUGCUAUAUUUCAUAUGCAAAGAUAUGCGACCUUUCAAUGUUGUUGAAGGGGAAGGUUUCUUAAAACUGAUGAAAGAAGCUGCUCCCUUUUACAAAGUGCCUUCAAGUUCCUUUCUAAAGAAAAAACUAUUCGAAAAGUUUGAUGUUACUGCACUGAUAUAUAAACAACGUAUUGAGGUAGCCAACGAAGUCUGUUUGACUCUUGAUGUGUAGACAGAAACAAUGGCCGAAAGAAGUUUUCUGGGAGUAACAGUGCAUUUUUUCGAGAGCAUAAAAACAGUUAACUGUAAUAUUGCUACCAGGGAUCAUACCGCUGAAUAUCUUUCAAAAAUACUGCUAACUGUACUGGAAGAAUGGAACAUACCGAUUCCAAAAAUAAGAUGUAUUGUCACGAACAAUGGAGCAAACAUGGUCGCUGCUGUAAAUUUAGUGGUUACGCAAAAAAAUCAUUUGCCAUGUUUCCCACAU